GAGGAGCAGCACCACAGCCUCGAAACGCGUGUUCGUUAGUUUCGCAGCAGCGGGGUGCAUAGUUGGGACCACUCUUUUUUUUGUUCGAAUAUAUACUCCUUUCUGGCUCUCACAUUAAGAGCUUCUCCAACUACAUCCCCAGGGUCCUUCUCCGACGUCAUUGUACCAGUCCGAGCCAGUCAUAUUCUGCUAUGAAGCCAUGUUAGACGAGAACCUACCCACGUUCUUUCUCAAGGCUUCACCCGGUGGCAUCAAACAUAACGAAUCCUACUACUUCACCCAGCAUGGUUCCGAACCAGAAGCGACAUACUCGCUGAAGCAUCUCGACCCCGCCUCGAACGAAGCCAAAAACACCUACGCCGCGGCCCUCUUCGAUGCACACAAUCCCGAUAUUCUGUACAGCGAGGUUCUAGCAAAGCCCGGUUGGACACAACCGUCCUUAUCACAGGAGGAAAUCCGCAGGAAUGGAGGUGUUCCACCCCCACCGCAGCCGAUCUUCCCCACCGAAUUCGCGGUGCAGCUCUACAAUCCCGAUAUGCAGAUCAUCGUACGGCAGCAGACAUCGAAAUGGAGCAGCACAGUGACCUACGAAUUCAACAUGCCGCAGACGACAUUCCGAACACCGAGCUCAUCGAGCCUCGACCGUAGCCAGGACGACCCUGGAGCGGAUUCCACAACGCCCAAGAUAAACUUCGUAUGGAGGAAGGAAGGGAGAUUUGGCAAGGAUUUGACAUGCUACAUGACUGGGAAAACAACAGACCCAACCGGAAAGAAGGCUAAGAAGAGCAAAGAACCGGAUAUCGUGGUCGCCCUGUUCUCUGGAUUGAGGGAGUUGACCAUUAUGGAGACGAAUCUUUACAGGGUGGAAAUGGAAGACUAUAAAGGUCUGGAGGUUGUCUUGCUGUUGGGAGCGGCAGUGAUCAGGGACCUUUUCUUCAGCAACACGCGGGAGACGUUCAACAUCAUCGACCCUAACUCGCGGAAGAACAGUGGUCCUCUACGGGGCAGAAAGGGCUCCUCUCCCCUUCAACCCGGAAAUACGAUCCCACCCGUGAUGACUCCUCGACCACAAGCACCACCUCAACAGCCACCUCGAUUACAGCAGCCCAUGCAGUCUGAAAAAGCGGCAUUGGCAAAUGGGUUGUACAAUAAUCAACCAUCGCCGAACGCUGCCAAACGCACCUCACUGCCGCCACUUCAAACUGGCAGGCAGCCUACCAGCCCACCUAGCACACAGCCUGCAAAGCGCUUAGAUCCACGUGCGCAAUGGGAGAUCGAUGCCGAAACAGCUCGUCUGAAAGCACAAGUGGAGGCCGAAGCACGGGAACAAAAACGACAAGAAGAAGUCAACCGUCGCGCACGCCGGAAAGCGGAAGAAGAAGAAGCACGCAAAACGCGCAAAUUCCUCGAGCAAGAAGAGAGGCAGCGCCAACUGGAAGAAAAAGAGCGUCGACGGAAGCAAGCCGAGGUGGACAAGGAGACGGAGCGUCUGCGGAAACAAUUCGGCGAUCAGAGUAGCUUACUCCCUCCCACGCGACCGCAACAGACCCAGCGACAUUCUACACCUUCUAUGCAGGCACCGGCUGGAUCCUGGCAGACUGCACGACCCGCACAUCCUCCCCGUCCGGCUGCUGCACAUGGUCCGUACUUGCAGCCUCCUGGUCUUGCCCAACGUCCCGCCGCGAGCCAGAGUUCGUUUUUCCACAGCAGUUCACUUAGGCCCGCAGAUGCACAGGCUAAGAUGAAGAAGAAGAGCUUCUGGGGACUACGAAGCUCGAGCGAGAACAGCACGAGUACAUUGAAGAAGAAGCAAAGCAGCAUGUUCUAGAAGAACAAGCAUUGUUCAUGUUCAUAUGCGAUCAGCAACAAGCAUUUAUGAUUCCCAUUAUUCGCGUUCAUGAUAUCCACCAGGGCAUUCGUUUCCAAAAGUAGACUAGGGCAUGCAUUUCCUCCUUGGCGUCAGGUACCAUUCAUCAAAACGACAAGUUCAUACUUUUUGUAGAUAUUCCGAAUGAAAUGAGCAUGCAUAUGAAUCAAAUCGAAAAAUCCUGAACCAAAUUGAUACUCUAUUCUUUUAUCCACUCCCA